CAUAAUUUAAAAAGCAUAACUAUCUUACAAAACUUUUACAUUAAAUGUUAUAUUAAUUUAGUUAUAUUCUGAUUUGUUGCCAUUAACUUGUCAAUAUUUUUUAAAUCUUUGUACUGGAUAUGAUGAAGUAAAAGAAUGUUACAAAGAUGCUUAUUAUAUAAAUACAUGUUUGCAUCGUAUAGUUAAGGAUGGAUGGCUCCAAUGUGGAGGUAUAGGGGGUAUAAUUCAACGUUAUAUCAAUUAGUCUUUGGAUUUGAACCAUUUCAAUUGGAUAAAAAUAAUGCUGCUGAUGUUACAAUACCUGAUGAAUCUUAUUGUGUUCCUCAUGAUCGUCGAGGAGUUCUUUCAAUGACAAAUGAUGGCAAACAUUGUAAUGGAUCACAAUUUGUUGUAUGUUUAAAACCAAAUCCUUGGAUGAAUCAUUUUUAUGUUGCUUUUGGACAACUUAUAGAUGGUGCUAAAACUUUAAAAAUAUUAGAAGAUAUUUCAACAUAUUAUGAACAUCCUCUUAAAAAAAUUGUAAUUUCACAAUGUGGAGAAUAUAGCUUUAAUAAUGAACUUAAAUUGGAGACAGAAUCAAGGAUCUUCCUUAAACAUCAACCACCAGCAAGUAUAGAAGGAGAAGAUGUAAGAAUCACUGAUACUGCAUUUGAUUUUUACUCUAUUACACCAUGGCUUGAUAAUAUUGUGGAUAGUAUAGAUAUUCGCGAUACCGAAUCGCUUUUGUUGGCUAAACGGUAUUUAAAUGGUCUCUACAGUCUUUUAAGUGACUAUGAACCAGGAAUGGAUAUGCGUUUUUAUGAAAAAAUUCAUCUAAUUAGUAUGGCAGAAUAUAAUACGGUAACUGCUAAGCUUCAUGAUUUAUUGUUGAAUUUUCAACCAGAUAUAAUGACUGAACAAAAAAAAAUGAGAUUUAUCUCAGAAGUUUCUAAAAUUAUUUUAGCAUACAUUUUUCAUCAUGAGCAUAAUGAAUUUUGCCUACAACAUAUUUCAUUUAAUACUCAUGCAACAAUACAUAAAAUAUUAGAAAUUGCACAUGAAAUAGUAUUAAAAACUAUUAAAAAGGCUGCAAAGAAAUCUAUAAUUUCUCGGGAAUGUGGAACUGCGAAAAUUGCAAAGAUAUUUGAACUAAAACAUGUCAAUAAUAUAUUAGUCUCAGAAGGUUGUAUGUCACUAAUAGAAGAAAUAUUAAAUAAAGCUAUAUUGUGUUUAUUAAAAACUUUUGAAAUGCAAGAAUAAUAAAAAUGUAACGAAGAAAUUUAUAAUUUUGAUAGAUAAAAGUGCCUCACUUUUUAUUAUUAUUAUUAAUUUUUUUUUUUUUUUGAAAUUUAUACACACACAAUUCUUUUCAUAUCACACAAAUUACAAUACAGUAUUCACAAAUCUUAAAUUUUAUAUAAACAUAACAUAAAAAUAAUGUAAACAACCAGCAUUUUAGAAAACAACAUAUUAAAAGUAAAGUAUUUGAAA